UUCAGAGCAUGUUUUAGUGUAGCUUUGGGUUAAGCGUACUUUUAGUUUUCAGGGACGAGGGAUGUAGACGUGAGUGGGGGGAUUGAAUAGAGUGAGGGUACGCUGUGAGAGGCGCAACCUUAUCAGUCCGACUAUAGUUGACGUUCUUCCACCAUGGGAGUCAUAAAGAAUCUCUGGCUCCUCUUCUUGUUAGGAAUCAUUGGCAGUGUUCAAACGUACCCGAAGAACCAGACAGUAAUUCCCAGGCAGUGUCAACGUACUAUGACCACUUCGUAUUUAUCAAUUAUGAGCAAGAGCCGCUACAGACGUCGAUUUAUCAUCGAUUAGAUUAGAUGCGAUUAAAUCGCAAUGAAUUUGUGCAUAUGCACCGCAGUACUCGAGCUAUAUUCUCUGUCUUCAGACAAUCUUUUAUUGUAGGUUUGGGUCAAGCGUGCUUUUAUGUUUCAGGGGUGAUUCAUGUAGAUGUGAAGGGGAUUGAGUAGAGUGAGAGACACAAUCUCAUCAGUCCGAGUAUAGUUAACGUUCCUCCACCAUGCGAUUCAUAAAAAAUGUCGGGUUCCUCUUCUUGUUAAGGAUCCUUGCCCGCGUUCAAACGUACCCGAAGAACCAGACAGUAAUUCCCAGGCAGUGUCAAUGUACUAUGACCACUUCGUAUUUAUCAAUUAUGAGCAAGAGCCGCUACAGACUCCGAUUUAUCAUCGAUUAGAUUUGAUGCGAUUAAAUCACAAUUAAUUCGUGCUUCCGAACCUCAGUAUUCGAGAUCUAUUUUCUGUCUUCAGAGAAUCGUUUAGUGUGGGUUUAGGUCAAGCGUGCUUUUAGUUAUCAGGGGUGAGUGAUAUAGAUGUGAGUGGGGAUUGAGUAGAGCGAGGAGCACAAUGUUAUCAGUCCGACUAUAGUUGACGUUCUUCCACCAUGCGAGUCAUAAAAAAUCUCUGGUUCCUCUUCGUGUUAGGGAUCCUUGCCAGUGUUCAAACGUACCCACAGAGCCAGGCAGCCAUCCCCAGGCAGUCAAUAUACUUCGAUCAUUUCGUAUUCUCUCAAGUAUGGCCACCAACCCUGUGCCCAGCCCCGAAACAAGAAACAACCGAUAGUUGCAAUCAAACUGUUAGAAACCACUGGAUGAUCCAUGGUCUUUGGCCAGGGAAAUUCCACACGUUGGACGUGAAAUACUGCGAUAACAGUUCCAUCUUCGAUCCCACAUCCAUCGACUCAAUAAAAACAGAAAUGGAGAUGAAGUGGCUGGAGUGGAUGCCUGUGGACGAUGAUGAUAAACCGUUACCGGUGUGGAAACACGAGUGGGAGAAGCAUGGAACGUGUUCUACUUCGCUUGAAAUAUUGAAAACACAGGAGAUGUAUUUCAAGAAGGCCUUAGAGCUCUACGACUCUCACAACAUGAAUAAUGUUCUGGAGAACGCGAAUAUUCGGCCGGGCAAUUACUAUUCAGUUGGAGCUAUUCUCAGUGGAGUCAGUCGAGUCUUGGGGAAACGAUGUAUGUUGCAUUGCAGCACUAAACCGGGGAAAAAUGAAUCGCAUCUCGAGGAACUUUGGAUAUGCUUCGAUAAGUCAUUAAAUUUGAUCCACUGCGAUGAAGUUUUGAACUUCCCAACUGAUUGCCCUUGGGAAAGAGAUGUGUAUUACCCUGAAUACCCACCUAAUGACUACAAAGUUCAAGUAAUUUGAUUCUUCCAUUCGUCUCUAAAAGGAGAUGAAGGCAAAAAAAAUCAUGCAGUAAAUUCCGGAAAUUUCUUGGAUACUAUUAGGUUUUUCGGUUUUCGUCUGCGGAUCCGGUCACUUCGGAAAUAUUUACUGGGUCAGUUGUUCUGAUUCGAGAAAUUCGCACUUCUCGUAAAUAAAUCGGGAGUUUAAGCUUGUUCUCGGGAAUAUUCUCCCCCGAGUUAAAUUUUAUCCAAUAAGAAAUGGCAUGUUCAAUGCCGACACAUUUACAUUAAUAGUAAUGAUAAAAAUCACUUAAUUAAGAAAUUAUUUUCAUAUUUAUAACCUGUCCGGAAGUGUCCUCUCACUCAUCAGUCCAGCUCUCCUAUCCUUCUGCGUUUUUCUGUACAAUCACGACAGCUGAGGGCACCAGGCCUGUCAAAUGAAGAAUUUUUCGGUUGUAAUUCCUCGAGAGAUUCAAAACAAUCAGAUAUUUCCUGAUAGUUCAAUUGCAUAAUCGAAAAUACUCAAAAUAUUGAACAUAUACAAAUACACGUAAAAUUGUGAUAUCAAAAUUUAAUAUUAGAAACUAAUUUAGACAAAUAAAAAGUCUAGCUGGUUUGGUUGAAAAG